ACAUGCUGAUGUCAAACGAAGUCUGACAACUCACACGUCUCAUCCCACGUUAAAGGGACUUUUUUUAGGCAAACUCAACCAUAAGGACAAACUUAUAUAAUAGUAACACACAUAAGAGAUGGCCAGCCCAAGAACAAGACGUGUGCUGAAGGAUUUAAAGCUAAAAGAUGAUAACAGUACAUGCUUUGAAUGUGGAGGACACAAUCCCCAGUGGGUUAGUGUGACUUAUGGAAUAUGGAUCUGUUUGGAAUGUUCAGGCAAACACAGAGGACUAGGUGUCCAUUUAAGUUUUGUUAGGUCUGUUUCAAUGGAUAAAUGGAAAGAUAUUGAGUUAGAAAAGAUGAAAGCUGGUGGAAACAGAAAUGCCAAAAACUUCUUCAAAUCCCAAUCAGAUUAUGAUCCUGGUAUGACUUUACAAGAAAAAUACAAUUCUAAAGCAGCAGCAUUGUACAGAGAUAAGAUUUUGGCAGAAGCUGAAGGGAAACCAUGGAGUAUAGAAACUUCCUCUGCUAGAAAUUAUGUUGCAUAUAAACCAUCAGCUGGUCUAAAGACAUCAUCUAGUUCAUCCAGUUUCAGUAACAAACCUAUGAACACUUCAAAAUAUUCUGAUGACUUUACAGAUAAUAGUUAUCAAGAUGGAAAUGUCAAUUUACAAAGUGAUGAGUUUAAAAAGCAGAAAGAGGAGUAUUUUGGUAGAAUGCAAGCAGAAAAUGCCAGCAGACCUGAAAAUCUUCCUCCUAGCCAAGGAGGAAAAUAUGUAGGAUUUGGAAGUACACCUAUGUCUGAUAAAAAAGAAGACGAUUUCUUCGACAACACUUUAUCAUCUUUGAGCUCAGGAUGGUCAACAUUUGCAUUGGGCGCUACCAAGUUUGCAUCAGUAGCUUCAGAAAAGGCCACAAAAGUAGCAUCUGCUGCAUCAAAGAAGACAAAAGAAUUAGGUCAAACUGUAAAUGACAGUGUUAUAAAACCAACCAAAGAAAAGGUUCAAGAAGGCACAUUACUUGAUGGUAUAUCAUCAUCUGUGUCAGGGUUAGCUAAUAAAGUGAAAGAAGGUUCUUUGAUGAAUGACGUUGGAUCCUCCAUGAGUGGAUUUGCUUCAAAGAUUACUAAUGUUAGUUCUAAAGGAUGGACAAACUUCUCUUCACUAUGGGGAGAACCAAAGACAACAUUGUCAUCUGUAGAUACUAGUCCUGGAGAGAAGUCCAACUUACUCAGUGGAAAUUCUUCACCAGACAAAGAUCUAAGUAAAAACAGACUUCUGUCAGAAGACGAUGAUGAUAAUUGGGGAUGGGGCAAUGAGUGGGAAAGUAAAGGCUCUAAAGGUUCCCCAAGGAGAUCAGAAGAUUCAUCAUCUGGCUUUGAUUCAAAGAAGGCAGAUGAUGACCUUGAGAAUUGGCUGAAUGAUGAUGACUCUUUAAUACAAACCUCUAAGUCAAAGUCUAAAUCUAAGAAAGUGGAAGAUGACUGGGAUAAUUGGGGCGAUAACAGCAAAACGGAUAAAGUUAAGACUGACAAAAAAUCAUCUAAAGGUAAAAGUAGUGAUGGAUGGGAAGAUGUGGACUGGAAUGCUGGCUUUAGUUCAAAUGAAAAACAAAAGCAGCCAUUGGUUGGAGAUUUAUUGGACCUUAGUGAAGACACCCCUGUCACAACCAAUGGAAAUUCAGGAUGGGACAAUGAAGUUUGGGCUAAUGAAGAAGAGGAAGAUGAGUGGCAAAGCUUAGAUAUAGGUUCAUCGGAUAAUAGGAAACUCAAAUAAUUAACACAGUAUCUACUUUAUGUGUUCAUAUUUUAACUUAAAUCCCAUGAAUCCAUUGAAAUAAUUACCAAAUGUUGUAUUUCAUGGCUUAGUGAGACUGCAAGCACCACACUUACUAAAUGCAAAAAAAAAAUAUCUUGAAAAAGUUAAAAUACUUGAAAGUUAUAACCUGAAUGUUAAGAAUCUGUCUAAAUUGAAAAAAAUAGGUGCUAAACUACAAUAAUUUAAUUUUGGAUGUAACCCGUCUUCUGAUUGGCUGAAAGUGUUUUGUCUAUCAGCUCAUAGAUAUAUUUUGUCAUGUGGCUGUGACGCCACCAACGUUUUUUUCAAAAUUUACUCCUUAAAAAUGGAAUUUAGAAUUAAAUUAUAAGGAAGGACUGUAAUAUUUUUUCUGUCUAAUCGAAAUAACCUAAAAAAUGUGGUGCACACUUUUAAAUAACCCGCUACGUGGGUUAUUCAGUGUGCACCACAUUUUUUAUGUUAUUUCUUCAUAGACAGAAAAAAUAUUACAGUCAUUCCUUAAAUAAAUCUGAUAAUCAAUGUUAUACAGAAAGAAGAUAUAUCAAGUACAAAGGUUAAUAACUGAAGUAGCCAAAACAUUUCAUAAUAAUUUGGAAUUUGAUACAUUCUUGAUAAUAUUUAAAAUAUUCAUCAGAUAUUGCACUUUUUUUAAACUGUCCUAAUCAAUAAAUUUUUGCUGAAAAAAAAAUUUAAUGCAUGAAAUUGCUUGUUGUUUGGCAAUUUGUAUUAGAAAAGCAAAUAUUUAGAUCUAUAUUUACUCUGGGAGUAUGCUGAUCUAUAUGUUUUCCUGUUUUUAUACGACAGCAAAAAAUGUUUGCGGUCUUAUAUUGGUAUCACGUCGUCGUCGUCAUCGUCCUCCGAAGACACUUGGUUUCCGGACAAUAACUUUAGUAUUAGUUAAUAGAAAUCUAUGAAAUUUAAACACAAGGUUUAUAACCACAAAAGGAAGGUUGGGAUUGAUUUUGGGGGUUAUGGUCCUAAAAGUUUAGGAAUUAGGGGCCAAAAAAGGGGCCCAAAUAAGCAUUUUUCUAGUUUUCAGACAAUAACUUGUGGAACGGUGUAUGGAUCUCUCUGAAAUUGUUCAACAAGUUUCCAUACCACAAAGGGAUGGUUAGAAUUGGCUUUGGGGGGUAAUGGCUCAAACCGUUUAGGGAUUAGGGGCAAAAAAGGGGGAAAAAACAAGGGUUUCCUUGUUAAUGGACAAUCACUUUUAAGUACAAUGUUAAAAAAAUGUUGUAUUGUCUUGAGGUGAUUAGCUGUCAAUUUAUAUUUAGAAGUUACUAAUAAAAAUGCUGAUUAAAGAUAUAUAUUAUUUUUAGACAUGAUUAUGUAUUUCAUUUUCUAUUUUAAGACUUUUAUGAUGUAUUUAAAUGGGUAAUUAUGGUUGCAAAUUCCAUUGGGAAUUUGAAUUGAGAUAAUGACCAUAUCUUGAGGGAAAGAUUUUUUUUUGGAAAAAGGGGAGUGGGGAGGUGAAAAAAAAUUGGGGGGGGGUUAAAAAGAAGUUGUGGGGGGGAACAUUUUUUUUUUCUCAUUACAGAUUUCAGAAAUUAAAAAGAAAAUUUCUUCAAAUAAAUUUUUUUUUUGUAAAAAAAAAAAGUGGUGGGGUGAAAAAAAAUUCUAAGUUAUUCUGUGUCAGAAACCUUUUAUGUGUCAAACAUUUAAUUUCAAUCCAAAUUCAGACCUGUAUCAAGCACGAAUAUUGUGUCCAUUUUUGCCCCAACUGUUCAGGGUUGGACCUCUGCGGUCGUAUCCAGCUGCGCUCGGCGAAGCAAUUUAUAGUAGAUGUAUUGAGAUUGCUGUUGAUAAAUUCCUUUACAGUAAGAUGUUAUCAAACUUUUUACUGAGCUAGCUUUAUGUUAUGAAGUGAAAUAAACAAUGUGUAAAGGAGUAACAGCUGUGUUGAUCUGUUGCUUUUGUGGAAAAUAUCACAUUGAUUUUACAUAAAAAUUGUUCAUUGUAAAUUACAUUGAUGUAUCUGUGAUAUUGUUGUAAUUUAUGUCAUUAGGUUGUUCAUGGGUGAAAGUUCACAAGAUUUUAAGAAAUAUUUGCCUGAUGUAAUCUCUUUAAAAAAAAAAGAUGUUUCCCAAAUGUUCAGUUUAUCUCCAAUUUUAUGCUUUCACUCAUGAAUUAACAGUAAAAAUUUGCAGAAUUUUAAAUGUAUAUGUGGGAACAAAUUAUUUUAGAGGCAUACCAUAAAACAAACAUCGGUCAUUUAUUCAUUACUUCUAUACAUGCAUUAUAUUUUCAUAUCAAUUAUAUCGAAUAUCAUUUUACCUUCAAUAGUUCUUCUAAUUAAAAUAUCUGUCAAAGCUUACAGCAUCACUUGAGUUUGGAAUAAACUAAUUGCAUAAACUGAAACGAUCUUCACAUUGUACUGAAAUGUGUUGAAUCAUUUUAUGGUGGAUUUUGUUAGGGAGUUGUCAUAAUUUUGUUUCAUUUGUUGGUAAAGAUUUCAAAAUCCCUUGAUUAAGAACCCUCAAAGUAAUGGUAUUUUUUCUGUAACCACUUAAAACUUUUACCCAUAAAAUUGAUCAUUAAAUAAAGGGUAAACGAUGAUGUUGAAGGGAGUAAUUCUAAAAUGAAAAUCUAUAGGAUGGUACAUGCAAUAGAAAAAUCCAAAACAAAAAGACAUGUGUAUGAAACAACAAAAACUGUUGUUCUUAAAGUCAAUUGCAGCCACUUGUGAAAUGAAACUUAUAAAAGUAAAAUUUGCUUUUCACGUACAAACUGUAUUUGUUCAUAUGUAUGUAUUAUAAGAGGUAGUCAAAGGGCAAUACUUUCCUGUGUCUCAAUUUUGUUCAAAAUUAUUGUGGAUAAAUGAAUAUAAUUGUAGUAGAUAAGUGUCCUAAUGUUGCAAAAUGUCAUUAGAUAUUGCUGGUGCAUCUCAUAAUGUUUCAUUUCAAAUUGUCGUUAAUAUUGAUGUUAUAGGAUACUUAUCUGAAGUCAAGUUGUUAAUAAAAUGUAAGCCAGUAUUCAUUUUAAGAUUACACAAUAAAACUUAAAAGCCA